UUGAUUUAACAUUUGACAUUUCAUGGUUUCAAAAAUAUUGAUUUGUAAACAUCGUUUCGAAUUUCGAUACGUUUUUGAUUUUUAAUAAAAUUGCAAAGUAUCGCAAUGGCGAAGGAUCCGUUCGACGAAAUCCUACAAUUCUUGAAACCGGACUGCAGAAUCGAUCUCAAGCAUCUAUCGCUGGAGCAUUUAUUAGAUAUAACAGGCACAGCAUCGGGUAAAGAGGCACUGUUGAAAAACGAAGAAGUCGUACGCACUAUUAUAGAUUUAACAGACGAUUGUGAGAUAAUCAGUAAAACUGCGCUUCUGAUUCUUGUUAACAUAACCUCUGAUGCACACGGGGCGACGGAGUUACUAAAAUACAGACCACACAACAAAACAAAUGUUGUCGAAUUAUUUCUAGGUUAUGUUUUAGAUCCGAAAAAAAGUCACGCAGACGCCGCGUGCAUGAUCCUCUCAAACAUAACGCGUGUAGAAAACUCUGUAAAGGUAUGUUUAGAUACAUUCAUCCCGCACCUAGAGGAUUUAUUAAAAGUACUCUCAAACCUAAACUAUAAUCAAUGCAAAUCGAAACUGAACUACAUAGCACCUCUUUUCAGUAAUUUAAGUUGUUCAGCUCGCUUUAGAAAAUGGUUAACCGAGCCAUCUAUGAAACAAUACCCGUUUAUUCCAUUAAAAAAAUUAAUACCAUUUUGUAAUUAUGUGGAUUCUGUAAUACGUCGAGGCGGUGCAGUGGGGACUGUUCGUAAUUUAUCCUUCGACACAUCGUACCACGAAUUCCUGUUAAGUGAAGACUUGGACCUGCUAACAUAUAUAUUACCACCGAUUAUGGGCGGUGAAGAGUAUGAUGAUGAGGAAAUGGAGAAGCUACCAGUUGCAUGCCAAUAUUAUCCAACGGAGAAGGUUAGGGAUAAUGAUGAAGAUAUACGGAGAAUGAUAAUCGAGACAUUAAACAAACUGUGUGCAAAAAAACAUGGAAGAGAAACUUUAAGAAACAAUGGAGUUUACUACGUCCUUAGAGAGUAUCACAAAUGGGAGAAGAAUCCAGCAGUGUUGCUGGCAUGUGAGAAUGUGAUAGACAUAUUAAUACAGAAGGAGGACGAGGUUGGCGCAGAAGAUUUAUCAUCCGUACAAGUGCCAGAAGAUAUGGAAGAGAAGUUCAGGAAAAUGGAUGAAGAUUUUUUGAAUAGUGCACCAUAGAUUUAGUUGAAUGUAUAAUAUACCCUGUGUAUUUACUAUAUAUACAAUAAUUAUGUUAAUAUUUUGUUAAUAUGUUCAGAUAGCAUGGGUAUGUAUGCCAUUCAUCAUCAUUAUCAACCCAUACGCUUGAGUCUCCUCUCAGAAUGAGAGGUGUCAGAACAACAGUCCACCACACUUGCCAAAUGCGGGCAGACCUCUACACACGCAGAGAAUUAAGAAAAUUCUCAGGUAUGCACGUUUCCUCACAAUGUUUUUAAGACACGUGAUAUUUAAUUUCUUAAAAUGCACACAACUGAAAAGUUGCAGGUGCUUGUCCCGGACCAAAUUCGAACCUACACCCUCUGGUAACACAGGCAGAGGUCAUAUCCACUAGGCUAUCACGGCUUGUGACAUUCAUACUAUUAUCAUGAAUUGCAGCAAACUUUCAAGAGUGAAAGAACUGUCACCUGCACCAUCCUACAUGAAAGGAACUGUAAUAAAGUAGAUUUCUAUGUAAUAUUAUUCCCCAUAUUUUAGUUUCUUAAUAUAAAAAGGCUUAUGCUUUAUGUAUACUGUGUAUGUAUACAUAUAUAAUUUAUUAAUAUUAUAGACAUAAUAUAUCA